GGAGCAAACAUGGAGGGGCGCGACCGCCGCCGGAGCAUCUCUUCGUCGUCGUCCGGGCGGCGCACGCCGACGCCGGAGCCGGAGAGGGAGCGGUGGGCGUGGAGCCCCGCGUGGUCACGGCCGCUCUCCGUCGACGGCGGCGGAGGUGGCAGGGCGGCCUCGCUCAGGUCGCUCUUCAGGUCGAUCGGGGUCUGGUUCAGCUCGCUCUCCACGCCCUCGUCGUCGUCGUCUUCCUCCUCCAGCAGCAACGCGAGGAGGACGAGGAGGAGGAGCAAGGAGGCCGACGACUUGAUCAAGAAGCCGCCUUUGCCGAGGCCGCCUGGCGGCGAGGGGAAGCCGCCGCCGUCGAUGCGAGGGAUGUACAACGGCAGCAGGGGCGGGGGAAGGGGCGGCAGCACGACGCAGUUCCAGAGCUCGGUGUUCUCCAUGGAGGAGAUUCUGCGGGCCACCAACAACUUCUCGCCGGCGCUCAAGAUCGGGCAGGGCGGCUUCGGCGCCGUGUACAAGGGCGUCCUCCCCGACGGCACCCUCGUCGCCGUCAAGCGCGCCAAGCUCCGGACGCAGAACCCGCACGUGGACGUGGAGUUCCGGAGCGAGGUGAAGGCCAUGGCCCGCAUCGAGCACCAGAGCCUCGUCCGCUUCUACGGCUACCUCGAGUGCGGCCAGGAGCGGAUCAUCGUUGUCGAGUUCGUCCCCAACGGCACGCUCCGCGAGCACCUCGACAGGUGCAACGGGAGGGUGCUGGAUUUCGGGGCGCGGCUGGAGAUCGCCAUCGACGUGGCGCACGCGGUGACGUACCUGCACAUGUACACGGACCACCCCAUCAUCCACCGGGACAUCAAGUCGUCGAACGUGCUGCUGACGCCGUCGCUGCGCGCCAAGGUGGCCGACUUCGGGUUCGCGCGGCUGGGCGUCGGGGAGGCCGGCGCCGCCGACGGCGUGACGCACGUGACGACGCAGGUGAAGGGCACGGCGGGGUACCUCGACCCGGAGUACCUCAAGACGUGCCAGCUCACCGACCGGAGCGACGUCUACUCCUUCGGCGUGCUGCUACUGGAGCUGGCCUCCGGGCGCCGCCCCAUCGAGACGAAGCGGGAGAUGCGGGAGCGGCUCACGGCGCGGUGGGCGAUGCGCAAGUUCGUCGACGGCGCGGCGGCCGACGUGCUGGACCCGUACCUGCCGCGGACGCCGGCGACGGUGCGCGCGGCGGAGAUGGUCAUGGAGCUGGCGUUCCGCUGCCUGGGCCCGGUGAGGCACGACAGGCCGAGCAUGGGCGAGUGCUGCAGGGCGCUGUGGGCGGUCAGGAAGGCGUACCGGGACAUGGUGCAGGCCGCCGCCGGCGACGAGACGCCGCUGUCCGACCGGGCCAGCUCCUCCGCAGCCAGCACCAGCACCGGCACCGGUGGCGACCGGAGCGGCGAGCUCUGGAGGAAUUAAUCAAACUUUUUUUUCUCUGUAAAUACGCAAGAAAGAUUAUAUUUCUGUUCUUGUUGAUGCUGUUGUGAAUUGUGUGAUCGGACUAAUCGCUGACACGGUCGGAAUGCGAUUUCUUUUCUUCUUUAUCUGU